AUGACACGGCAACACGCUGCCUCCACGCGCACGCUCGCCGCGGCGUUGGUCGUCGGAGUCUUGGCUCCCAUCCUUACCGAGGUGCAAUCCAUCGGCGUCUGCAACGGGAUGCUCGGCGACAACCUGCCGUCGCCGGCCGACGUGGUGCAGUUCUACCAGUCCCAGGGCAUCGGCGCCAUGCGCAUCUACGCGCCGGACCCCGAGACGCUCCGGGCGCUCGACGGCACCAGCAUCGUCCUCAUCAUGGACGUGGGCAACGGCGACCUCGCCGCCCUCGCCUCCGACCCUGCAGCGGCGGCCGGCUGGGUCCGGGACAACGUGCUCGCCUACCCGAGCGUCCGCGUCAAGUACGUCGCGGCCCGCAACAAGGUGGAUGGCGGUGACACGCGGAACAUCCUCUAG